CCUUUCGCACCAAUUCAUCUCCCACUGUCUCUGCUCAUUUCUCCGUCUCAAGCUUUCUGCGAAGAUCCAAAGUCUCGAUUUUUAUGAGGCCAAUACGUCUUCCUGAGCCGCCCAGCCCCAAAAUGGGGACGCCGGAAAUCUUCGAAGGCGGCGUAUACGGCGUCGUACGCCGCGCCGUCGUAAUUGGCAACGGCUUCCCGGGUUCCGAGAAUCAGAGUGUCGGCCUGGUUCGCGCUCUCGGCCUCGCCGACAAGCACGUCGUGUAUCGAGUUACAAGGCCAAGAGGAGGUCUAAAUGAGUGGCUUCACUGGCUCCCGGUUUCUGUUCACAAGAAGUUGGAUUGCGUCAUAAGGAAGAUGUUUAUUUUGUUAAUAUAUCGGGGGCAGAAAGUUGGGUCUCUACCAACAGAAAAUGGUGGCAGUGCUGGGUUGAAAUGUGUCUUAGAAGCUGAUGUCCAGGAGAUUGUAACCAUGGCUCGUCAGACUUAUGAAAAGGAUGGACCCAUACUGGUGGUAGCUUGUGGCAGGGAUACUAUUUCCAUUGCAAGUUCUAUUAGACGACUAGCAUCUGAAAACGUCUUUGUUGUUCAGAUACAACAUCCCAGGUUGCAUCUCAAUAGAUUUGACUUGGUUAUUACCCCGAAACAUGAUUACUAUCCUUUGACCCCUGAAGCACAGAAGCAGUUUCCUCAAUUUCUACGUGGGUGGAUAACUCCUCGUGAACCUCCUGACAGGCAUGUGGUCCUCACUAUUGGAGCUUUGCAUCAAAUUGAUGCUACUGCCCUUCGUAAUGCUGCCAGUGCAUGGCGUGAUGAAUUUGCAGCUCUACCAAAGCCCUUACUUGUGGUGAACAUUGGUGGUCCUACAAGCAAUUGUCGUUAUGGUGUGGACCUUGCGAAGCAAUUGGCAACCUAUUUGCUUAGUGUUCUUGUAAGCUGUGGAAGCAUCAGAAUAUGUUUCUCUAGUAGAACACCUGAAAAGGUAUCCAAUGUUAUAACAAAGGAGCUCGGAGGUAAUCCAAAAGUUUACAUUUGGGAUGGUCAAGAGCCAAACCCGCACAUGGGCCAUCUAGCCUGGGCCGAUGCUUUUGUUGUCACCGCAGAUUCCGUUAGCAUGAUAAGUGAGGUUUGCAGCACCGGGAAACCUGUCUAUCUAAUGGGAGCUGAGCGUUGUAAAUGGAAGCUUUGUGAUUUCCAUAAAUCACUCAAGGAGCGAGGAAUGGUUAGGCCAUUUACAGGCUUGGAGAAUAUUUCAGAGAGCUGGAGUUAUCCACCGCUCAAUGAAACUGCAGAAGCAGCCAGUCGAGUGCAUCAAGCCCUUGCUGAGCGGGGAUGGAGAUUGCGGGCAUAGGCGGUCGAUAAUUUUUUUUCGUGUAAACACUGUUCAAUCUUAUGAACAAAAAAAGAAAAGAAAAAAGAAAUCUUUUGUUAAAAGGUGUUAGGGAUUUCUGAUAUCGCGUAUAGUAAUGACAGCUAAAGGCUGUGAUAGCUCAUAUAUUUGAUUCUUCCCCUUUAGGGGUCCUGAGAUAUGUAGAACGAAUACUAUCCGUAAUCGUGCGGCUUGUAAAAUAGGGAAGAGGUUGAGCUUUUCUUUGUCCAUGGGUGGGUUUGUUUCUGUGAAAAUGAUUCUUUUGUUGUAACGGAAGGAAUGAAAAAAGAAAAAAAUGGAUUUAUUUAUCUUGAACUUGUAGA